AUGCUGUGGAGUACUUCCCUACUUCUUCUGGCCAGUGCCGAUUACGCGUUGGCAUCCCAUGGCCGAUCUCAUGCGCACCGUCAUCGUGCGCAUAACCAGGCCAAGCCUGCGGUUGAAGGUGUUGAAACCAUGGACCCAUGGGGUUUGGCAUGGGCUGAUGCCGCACCUGCGCCUGUAGCUGCGCAUGAAGAGGUGCAUACUGUAUUCAAGACUCUCACCAAGACCAUCUAUGGAAAAUGCGCGCCGACAAACACUGGUCUGACGACUAAGAUCCUUGACAACAUUGUUCCUCGGCCAACUUUGACGAAACCUGAGCCCGAGUCUACCAACUCAAAGGUCACCCAACCAAAGCCAACCGAGUCGAAGCCAACCGAGUCGAAGCCAGCCCAUCCGAUUGCCCCCAAGCCUGAGUUCACAAAACCAGAACCAGAACCAACGCAGCCACAAAAUACUAUGUCACUUCCCGUUCAUUCGGAAAUGCACUCUCAUUUAACAAUGCACGCUCAUUCGACCACCGAUGAAGUCACCACCAUCCACAUCCACAAGACAAAAACUGUCACAGCGACUGUCACAGCCACCGCGUCGACCGCCAAGGUCAGCGUCGAUGUCACAGCCCCCAAAGGUACUAUAAUCGCGACUAGCAGUUCAACCAGUGAAUCAGUCGAGGCAAGACCAAAGCCCGACCCCACACGGACAAAGCAAGCACCAAACGUCCUCCAAACCCUCGACAACCUACCGGGUCAAAUCCCAGGCGAUAUAGAUCAGAUUCUUCCCGGUGUAGCAACCGUCGUUCCAGUCCCCGGCCUCCCAAACCUGGACCAAGUCCUUCACCCCGGCUCCCCUGCCAUUCUAGACUGGACCUCCAUCCCCUCCACCUUCACCAGUGAAGGCUUCGGCGGCCAAAGCUCACCAUCCGGCAGCAAUAUCCAGUACAAAGGCAACGUCGGCAAACCAUGGGGCAGCAACAUCAUCUCCGUGAGCCCGGCAGCCGCCCACCGCUACAAAUACGUCGUUCAAUUCAACGGCCCCCAAACCCAGCCCUGGACAGUCCUUAUCUGGAACAAAAUCGGCCCUGACGACAAAAUAGACGGCUGGUACGGGCACUCCGCGUUGACAUUCGUCAUCGCACCGGGGGAAACACACUACGUCGCUUUCGACGAGGACUCGGAAGGUGCAUGGGGAGCCGCGCCAGGAACGCAUGGUCUUCCUACCGAUAGCUGGGGCGGGUAUACCUCCACGUGGGGUGAGUUCAGUUUCGGAGAUGGAGAGAAUAAUGGGUGGUCCGGUUGGGAUGUUUCGGCUAUUCAGGCGCAAGUUGCAGGCCAAGAAGUUCAGGGAAUGAGGAUUUGUAUGGCAGAUGGGAAGGGGUGUUCUGUUAUUACGCCGGGUGCUGAGAAGGUUGUUGAUGCUUAUACGGAGUCGAAGAGGCAUCAUGAUGGGAUUGGGGGUGCGGCUAGUCCGGGGCCGGUUAGGUUGGUUGUAGAUCUGGAUUAUCAGGAGUAA